GUUGUUGUAGUUCCGCGGAUCGUGCGUACGCGUAACGUGAGUGAAUCGGAAUAGAUAGAUAGAUAGAUAGAUAGAUAUUAUUCAUCCCAUGAGGGACAACGGAGGACGCGUUUUGGAAGGACUUUUAAGCGCUAGAGGAGAGAAGGGGGUCCACUCAGUGCCGACCGGAGCAUGAUGGACCCCCUGGCCAACAUUCGCGCAUCUCAGGCGGAGCGCAGCAGCAGAGGAGCCGCCGGCGGAGAAUCAGCGGACGAGCAGACACGCGGCUGCGGGAGAGACCCGCCGAUGGGCGGCAGCGACAGUCUGAGCAGCUUCGCCAACAUGGAAGACUCGCUGGAGGAGAAACUCAAAGGUCUGGCGUUCAGGAAACAGAUCUCGUACAGGUCACAGACAGUCAAGGGAAGGACACAGAAACUGCAGGGGGUCUGGACCUCUCCCUCAAAACACCGGGAAAUGUGUCACAGCUGUUUCUGUAGCACCGCAAAGCAAGAGAACGCAGUGAACGGUGACCACCUGUGGCUGGAGACGAAUUGCUCCGGCGAUCUCUGCUACCUGGGCGAGGAGACGUGCGUGGUCAAGAUUGCAAAGUCGGCUCCCCGGAGGAAGUGUGCAGCCUGUAAGAUUGUGGUCCACACGGCGUGUAUCGAGGAGCUGGACAAGCACGAGGAGCCCUGUUCUCUAGGAGCUCACGCCGGGGUCAUCAUACCCCCUUCCUGGAUCAUCAAAGUCAGGAAACCGCAGAGCUCAUUUAAAAACUCCACUCGAAGGAAAAAACGGACGUCGUUCAAAAGAAGAGCCAGCAAAAAGGGGAUGGAUGAAUCGAAAUGGCGUCCGUUCAUGCUGAAGCCACUGCCCUCACCGCUGAUGAAACCAGUGCUGGUGUUCGUCAACCCCAAGAGCGGUGGAAACCAGGGGACGAAGCUGCUGCAGAUGUUCAUGUGGAUCCUGAACCCUCGGCAGGUGUUUGAUUUGUCUCAGGGAGGGCCCAGAGAAGCGCUGGAAUUAUACAGGAAAGUGCCAAAUCUUCGCAUCCUUGCCUGUGGAGGAGAUGGAACGGUGGGCUGGAUUCUCUCGGCCUUAGAUGAACUACAAAUGAACCCACAACCUCCUGUAGCUGUGCUUCCUCUUGGUACAGGAAAUGACCUUGCCAGGACACUGAACUGGGGAGGGGGUUACACAGACGAUCCGGUGUCGAAGGUCUUGUGUCAGGUGGAGGACGGGACGGUGGUGCAGCUGGACCGCUGGAAUCUGCAGGUGGAGCGAUCGGCCGUUCAGCCGGAGGAGGGAACGCAGAAGCUUCCUCUAAACGUGUUCAAUAACUACUUCAGCCUCGGCUUUGAUGCCCACGUCACCCUGGAGUUCCACGAGUCCAGAGAAGCCAAUCCUGAGAAAUUCAACAGUCGCUUCCGUAACAAGAUGUUCUAUGCAGGGGCGGCCUUCUCUGACUUCCUCCAGCGGAGCUCCAGGGACCUGUCCAAGCACGUCAGGGUGGUGUGUGACGGUACAGAUCUCACACCCAAGAUCCAGGAGCUGAAGUUUCAGUGCAUCGUCUUCUUGAAUAUUCCCAGGUACUGUGCAGGGACCAUGCCGUGGGGCAACACGGGCGACCACAGAGAUUUCGAGCCUCAGAGGCACGAUGACGGCUGCAUCGAGGUGAUCGGCUUCACCAUGGCCUCGCUGGCGGCGCUACAGGUGGGCGGUCAUGGCGAGCGGCUGCAUCAGUGCAGAGAGGUGGUCCUCACCACCUUCAAGACGCUGCCGGUGCAGGUGGACGGAGAGCCGUGCCGCCUCGCGCCCUCCACCCUCCGCAUAUCUCUGAGGAACCAGGCCAACAUGCUGCAGAAGAGCAAGAGACGCACGUCUGUGCCGCUGCUCAACGACAUUCAGAAAGUGUGCGCAGCCGACCUGCGCCGCCUCUCUGCUCCCCCCGACUCCUUCUCUGUCCCUCAUGCCGUCCCUGAGCGUCUGCGUCUGCGCGUGAACCGCAUCGGCCUGCAGGAGUACGAGAGCAUGCAGUUCGACAAGGAGCGUCUGCGUGACAUCUCGACUCCUGUUGGCAUCGUGGUGGUGAGAGGAGACUGUGACCUGGAAACCUGUCGACUGUACAUUGACAGACUGCAGGAGGAUUUGCAUCAGGCGCCCUCUACUGGUCACAGAGUGCACUACCAGGAUGAGAGCACAGGUCUGCCGCGGGUCAGUUCUGCACACAGACUUUCACCAAACUGGAGCUUCCUAGACUCUACAUCAGCUGACCGCUUUUAUCGCAUAGACAAGGCUCAGGAGCACCUGCACUUUGUGACCGAAAUAUGCCAGGAUGAGGUUUUCAUCCUGGACCACGAGGCCCCAGCGGUGAGCCAGGUCCGGGUCCCAGGAAUGCCAGACGUGGUGGUGGAGCCUAGUUCCGGGGUUGCCCUGACCUCAGACGAACAAGCUCUCUUGUCGGCUGCUGUUAAAGGAGAUGUAGAGGCGGUGUCGGGCUGCUGUGCCGCCGGGGUCGGUCUGCUGGUGCGGGACUCUACGGGCUGCACCGCUCUGCACCUGGCCGCCCAACACGGCCACACGGAGAUCGUGACUUUUAUUCUGGAGCACGGUGAUUAUUUAUUAUUACAUUUUUAUUUACAUAUCUAUCUAUCUAUCUAUCUGCACAAAGCAGCGUCUCAGCAGCAUGUGGAGGUGUGCAGACGUCUGCUGGAGGCCGGGGCUUCCCUCAGCAAAACUAACUUCCUAGGAAAAACCCCCAAGGAUUGCGCCCUGGACGCCGGGAACUCUGAGUUGGCGUCUCUCAUGGAGAGCCAGCCGGUGGAGGAGCCGGAGGCGCACGAGGACCUGGAGACGGCUGUAUGAACGGGCUCAGCGAUUAGAGUCGGGAAGAUUUUUACCCACAGAAAGCGGCUGUCGGCACUCCUCCGAGCGUCCGCUCACACUCGCAGAGAAAGAACGAGAGAGCGUGAGAGAAUACAGACGGGGAGAGAGGUGUAUCGAGAGCGCCUCGGGCUGAGAGAGUCCUCGGGAUCGCGUCUAGCUGUUGUUUUUCCACUGAUGUCGCUGUGGGGUUUUAGCAUUUAUUUAUUGCUCUUAUUUAUUAUAACUAUUUAUUCAAAGAUGGAUUGGGUUUUGUUGCAUCGCAGGUUAGUUUUAGAGACAAAAGAUGUUUAAACAUGCCAGAGAUUGAAGCUGUCAUGCAUCAAUGUUGUGUGCCAAAGACACACAGAGAGGAAGAACAUCAACUGAAGAGAGUUCGAUUAAAGGAGGAUCUUCUUCCAGAGAGUUUUUACGAUUGGACAGAAUCAUCGCGGAGAUUUUAAACUCAAACUACAGACUUUUCUCGUUUUGUUUGUGUGCCGUUACAGUGGAGUGAUUGUGAAAUUAUCUUACGACGACGAGAAAAGAUCUGAGCCAUAUUCAAUGCAAUAUGAAUGGAUGACAUUUGUGCAUUUAUCUAUUUAAUAUUACAUUACAUUAAUGUUUCAAGACAAGCAAAGGAACCGGAUGUGUUUUUUUUCCAUUGAUGGCAGCUGAUUGGUUUCUGAAAUGCCAAGUUGGUUGCGUUUGACCGAAGAAUGACUAAACAAAAUGAAUGCCGGUGAGAGUUAAGUGUGGUAUUUCGAACAUAUGCUUAGUCCAUGUCACAUCACUCAUGCCGGGAAAUGCCCAGCGAUGUGUCUGCAUGAAAAGCGGAUCACGCUGAGCCUUUGUGAGAUCCAUUUACAUACAAGUGAUCUGCUGUGUUAUCUUGUAUCAUUUUAAAGCAUUAUUGUGCAUGGAUAUUUUGUUACCUCUCUGGAUGUUUCUACCCCUCAGUGAUUAUGUAA